UUCAUGCUGUUUCGUUCAGUUCCUUUGCAGUCCUCUUCAGCACAUGCUAAAACAGUUCCUCACAACCUGUGGGACCAGCGCAUCUUGGGGUGCGUGACAAUGGAAGAGUUAGAUGCCUUAUUGGAGGAACUGGAACGCUCCACUCUCCAGGACAGUGAUGAAUCCUCCAGCCCAGCUCCUCUUUCCCUGGGUCAGCAUUCCAGAAAGGAGACUGACCUUGCUGAGACUUCAGGUGUCCCUUCUGUUCAGGAUGAUACAAGUCCCUUGCUGGUACAGCUCGUGUAUACCACCCAUAUCCAGGAGCCCAAUAUCUACAGUGAGGUCCAAGAGCCAAACAAAGCACCGCUGCCUCCUAAAACCUCAGCAGCUGCCCAGCUGGAUGAGCUUAUGGCCCAUCUGUGUGACAUGCAAACCCAGGUUGCAGCGAAAGCAGAUGCCAGCAAGAAGCACUUAGCAAACAAGCAGGAUCAGAAAGCCUCCCUGGACUCAAUGCUGGGGGGUUUGGAGCAGGACCUGCAGGACCUUGGAAUUGCCACAGUGCCCAAGGGCCACUGUGCUUCCUGUCAGAAGCCGAUUGCUGGCAAGGCGAUCCAUGCUCUGGGGCAAGCGUGGCAUCCGGAGCACUUCGUCUGCGCUCACUGCAAAGAGGAGAUUGGCUGCAGCCCCUUCUUCGAGCGCAGUGGCUUGGCCUACUGCCCCAAGGACUACCACCACCUUUUCUCCCCGCGCUGUGCUUACUGCGCUGCUCCCAUCCUGGACAAAGUGCUGACGGCAAUGAACCAGACCUGGCAUCCGGAGCACUUCUUCUGCUCGCACUGCGGAGAGGUGUUCGGGGCGGAAGGCUUUCACGAGAAGGACAAGAAGCCGUACUGCCGGAAGGAUUUCUUAGCCAUGUUCUCACCCAAGUGUGGUGGCUGCAACCGCCCAGUGUUGGAAAACUACCUUUCAGCCAUGGACACCGUCUGGCACCCGGAAUGCUUUGUUUGUGGGGACUGCUUCAGCAGUUUUUCUGCUGGAUCCUUCUUUGAACUGGACGGACGUCCCUACUGUGAGCUGCAUUACCACCAGCGCCAAGGAACACUGUGCCGCGGAUGCGGGCAGCCCAUCACCGGCCGCUGCAUCAGUGCCAUGGGCCACAAGUUCCAUCCUGAGCACUUUGUCUGUGCUUUCUGCCUGACACAGUUGUCAAAGGGCGUCUUCAGGGAGCAGGAUGACAAGACCUACUGUCAACCCUGCUUCCACAAACUCUUCCCACUGUAAUCUCAGCUGACCCCACGGUCCCCGCAGAUGCCCUGUAAAGUUUAAACCAGGAGAGCGAAGAGUACUCUGUUAUUACCGCUCUUCUCAGUGGGCAUAGAGAGAAAGCAAAUAGAUCUAGAAAGAACCUUCUAGAUGUUACAUGGCUAGGCUUGCAGUCUUAGGUUUUAGAUUUCUAGUCUUUUUUUUUUUUUUUUAAAUCGGGCACUUGGAUCUAGAUCUAGGUCCUGCUGUUAGUGCCUCUGCAGAUGCGUCUUCCACAUGCACACAUUUAUUUCACUGCUGGUUUUCUCCCAUUUUCACCCCGGGGACGACCCUGCCCAUGUCUUCUCUCCUGUGGCCCUCAUAACUGGGCCCUUUCACACCUCCCUGGUUUCCCUCUGGGACUCACUUUCCUUUGACCGCUGCAUUAUCCUUGCUGUCAGCAGUCCUGAGGCCCCUCCCAAGUUCCCUGCAUCUCUCUUCAGUAUAUUUCUCUUUUUCAAGAGGAUGUCGGUUUUAACUGGACUACUUUGAGUACCAACAUCACUGAUAAAUAAAACGGCUUUUGGUUUUAA